AUGUGUGAGUCCCUAAAUUGUAUGAGAGGACAGUCCACCCAGCUUUCAGACUACUAUAGGCGAGCCCCGUGGGAUACUGCUCUAUCAGCCCAACAUGCAGAACACUUAUUUAUUGCUAAGAAGCCUGGGCUCUUGGAGUCAAUUUAUCAGGAGGCUCCAAAGAGAGGAGAGCGGAGCGAGCGCAGCGCAGCGCUUCUCCAGGGAGACCCUCCAAAGCCUGGAGCUUCAGGUCACAGCGGCGUGAACCAGCUCGGCGGGGUGUUUGUCAACGGGAGGCCGCUGCCGGACUCCACCCGACAGAAAAUAGUGGAACUAGCGCAUAGCGGAGCGCGGCCCUGCGACAUCUCCCGAAUCCUGCAGACCCAUGCAGAUGCAAAAGUCCAAGUGCUGGACAAUCAAAACGUGUCGAAUGGAUGUGUGAGUAAAAUUUUGGGCAGGUAUUACGAAACUGGCUCCAUCAGACCCAGGGCAAUCGGAGGUAGUAAACCGAGAGUAGCGACUCCAGAAGUUGUAAGCAAAAUAGCACAGUAUAAACGAGAGUGCCCCUCCAUCUUUGCGUGGGAGAUUCGAGACAGAUUACUAUCGGAGGGGGUCUGUACCAACGAUAAUAUACCCAGUGUGUCGUCGAUUAACAGAGUCCUACGCAACCUGGCUAGCGAAAAGCAACAGAUGGGUGCUGAUGGGAUGUACGACAAGCUAAGGAUGCUGAACGGGCAGACGGGCACCUGGGGCACCCGGCCCGGCUGGUACCCCGGCACGUCGGUACCCGGGCAGCCUGCGCAAGAUGGCUGCCCGCAACAGGAGGGAGGAGGGGAAAACACUAACUCCAUCAGCUCUAAUGGAGAAGAUUCAGAUGAAGCCCAAAUGAGACUUCAGCUGAAAAGAAAGCUGCAGAGAAAUAGGACAUCCUUUACCCAAGAGCAAAUUGAAGCCCUUGAGAAAGAAUUUGAGAGAACCCACUAUCCCGAUGUGUUUGCAAGAGAGAGACUAGCUGCUAAAAUAGACCUGCCCGAAGCAAGAAUACAGGUGUGGUUUUCUAACAGACGGGCUAAGUGGCGAAGGGAAGAGAAGCUGAGGAAUCAGCGAAGACAAGCGAGCAACACUCCCAGCCACAUUCCCAUCAGCAGUAGUUUCAGCACGAGCGUUUACCAACCUAUUCCGCAACCAACCACCCCCGUUUCCUCUUUCACAUCAGGUUCCAUGUUGGGCAGAACAGACACGGCGCUCACAAACACAUACAGCGCUCUGCCGCCCAUGCCUAGCUUCACGAUGGCUAACAACCUGCCUAUGCAACCCCCCGUACCCAGUCAGACCUCCUCCUACUCUUGCAUGCUGCCCACCAGCCCAUCCGUGAACGGCCGGAGCUAUGACACCUACACACCUCCGCACAUGCAGACACACAUGAACAGCCAGCCGAUGGGCACCUCUGGCACCACUUCCACAGGUCUUAUUUCCCCUGGAGUGUCAGUUCCAGUUCAAGUUCCUGGCAGCGAACCUGAUAUGUCUCAAUACUGGCCAAGAUUACAGUAA